CAACUUCAAAGCUCAAUUGGUUGACGGUCGUGACGGUUCGGAGUGCAUUCUAAAAAAGUGUCCUGCUGUUAAAGCCAUAAAAUGAACAUUCUCAGCCAGACCCUCCUGGUGGUUUUACCUGCCAUUGUCCUAGCCCGUUUGUGCGAUGUGCCCGCAGACCAAAAUAAUCUGCUAUCUCGAACCAACCUGUACCAGAGCCAGAAGAACUUUGCUGUGUCUAUGCUGGAUGCAAUUCAUAAACGGACUCCACGCGGAAAUGUCUUCUUCUCGCCAUACAGCACAUACAACGCACUGCUCCUCGCCUAUUUCGGUUCCUCCGGGGAGACGGAAAAGGAGCUUUCUAGGGUGCUACAUCUAGACUGGGCCAGCUCCAAGGAGAUGGUGCGCAGCGCCUACAUUGUGGAAAAAAGGCACCUUCAUACCCGUUUGCGCAAAAGUCCGCUGGAAUUUUCCUCAGCGGGUCGAAUUUUCUACGCCAAAGAUCUUGAGCUAGGGGAAUGCCUGAAGGAUCGCCUUUUUAACGAGUACGAAAAGAUGAACUUCCAAAACCAGCCGGACAAAUCGCGCAAAGAAAUCAAUGACUGGAUUGCCAACCAGACCCACAACCAGAUCCGCGACAUGCUGAGCGAGACCGACAUUACAUCGCGCACUCGUGUGGUCUUGGCCGAUGCCUCCUAUCUCAAGGGUCAGUGGGUCAGCAAGUUCAAGGCGGAAAAGACCUCCCAGAAACGGUUUUACACCACCCCGACUGACUAUUCAAUGGUCCCUAUGAUGAGUCAAAAUGGUUCCUUCUUGUUAACUCUGGACGAAAACCUGGACGCCAAAGUUCUGCAGAUGCCUUUCCGCACCUCCUACGAAACACAGGAAAAUCCGAAAUCCGAGAUCUCAAUGGUGCUUAUCCUGCCCUCAAAAUCCUUGGAUAAUGUGGUAUCCAAAUUGAACUCCGAAACCCUUCGACAGGCCUUUAACUUCGCUACGCCGCGACAACUGGAGCUGUCCGUGCCCAAGUUUGAGUUCGAGCAGCGCUUGCAAUUGGUUCCGAUCCUCGGCGGCAUGGGACUGACCAAGACCUUCUCCCCGGCUGGAACCUUCUUGGAUUUGACGUCAGAGCGAAUUGUAUUCGACGACGCCCAGCAGGUGGCCAAGAUCAAGGUCGACGAGGAGGGCAGCACCGCGGCGGCGGCCACCCUUCUUUUUUCCAGCCGUUCAGCGCGCCCAGUGGAGUCUGAGACGUUCAAGUGCGACCAUCCUUUCCUGUUCCUCAUCUACGAUGAGACCAACGAGUCAAUCCUGUUCACAGGCAUCUAUCGCGAUCCCAAGACAAUGAAGGCGUUGUUUUCCAGUCACAAAAUGCAUAUCCUCAGCCUAUCCGUGCUGGUGCUACUGCCGGCGAUUGCACUAGCCAGUCUUUGUGACGUUGAACCCAACUCAAGCUUCCUGGAAAAGCGAAUGAACCUUUAUCAGGGCCAGCAGAACUUCUCCGUCUCCAUGCUCGAUGUGAUCCGAAAAAGCACUCCCAACGAAAAUGUCUUCUUUUCACCGUACAGCACCUACCAUGCCCUGCUGCUGGCUUAUUUCAGUUCCUCCGGGGAGGCGGAAAAGGAGCUCGGCAAGGUGCUUCAGCUGAACUGGGCCGACUCCAAGGAGAUGGUGCGCAGCGCCUAUUUGGUAGAGAGGAAGGACCGUGAAAUUCGAUCGCACAAGAUGCCACUCGAGUUCUCAUCCGCGGAUUGCAUUUUCUUCGGCAACAAUCUGCAUCUGACUCACUGCGCCGAGACUCGGCUGGCCAAGGAGAUCGUCAGGACGGACUUCCUGAACAAGCCAGAUGCGGCGCGCAAGGAGAUCAACGACUGGAUUGCCAACACGACCCACAACCAGAUUCGGAACAUGCUGAGUGCCGAGGAAAUCACCAGCGACACCAAAUUGGUCCUGGCCAAUGCUGCCUAUUUUAAGGGUCAGUGGGUUAGCCAGUUCAAGGCGUCAAAGACCACUCCCAUGCCCUUCUACACGUCCGCGUCCAAUUUCUCCUUUGUGCCCAUGAUGCAGCAGAAGGGCACUUUCCUGCUGAACACCGACGAACAGUUGCGCGCACACGUCCUGCAGAUGCCCUAUCGCACCGUCUUCGAGUCGGACGAACAGCCGGACAGCCAGCCGGAUGACAAGUCUGACAUCUCAAUGGUGCUCAUCCUGCCGCCCUUCAACCCCAACUCCCUGGAGGACACUCUGUCGAGACUUAACACCGAGACCCUGGAGCAGUCGCUCAACCAGGCGAUGCCGCGCGAGAUCGAGGUAUCCCUGCCCAAGUUUGAGUUUGAGCAGCGCCUAGAACUGGUUCCAAUCCUUGCCAGAAUGGGAGUCUCAAAGAUCUUUGACCCCAUCGCCGCCACCUUUGACGAUUUAACCUCCGAGUUGAUUUCUCUCGGCGAUGCCAAGCACGUGGCCAAGAUCAAGGUGGACGAAGAGGGCAGCACCGCAGCGGCAGCUACCGUCUUGUUUACGUACCGUUCGGCCAGGCCCGUGGAGCCGGCCAAGUUCGAGUGCAAUCAUCCAUUCCUUUUCCUCAUUUACGAUCGCACCUCCAGCUCGAUCCUGUUUACAGGCAUCUAUCGUGAUCCUAAGACACUCAAGCAGUAAAUGCGACGAGUUCGCAAUUAACCUAACCAAAUUUUGUCUUGACUGUAAAUGAUAUUGUACACUUCUUAACCUACUUUAACGUUAAUAAAUUAUGCCCAUAACAAGAAAUAUUAAUAUAA